AUGGCGCCAAUGACGCGCGUGGACCACGAUGCUCUCGAGCAACAACUCAAAGACACAAUCCAAACCCUCACCAACGUCCUCGUCCAAGUAACCAACUACGACAAUACCCCCUCCUCCUCCUCCACCAACGCCCCCCCCCUCUCCGGCAACAACAACAACAACAACAACACCACCCCAUCCAACACCUCCCCCCCCCACAGCCGCCCGUCCCGAGACGUCAUCGCCAACGAGCUCCGCACCCUAAGCGCGAACCUCCAAGCGAUCCACUCGCGCGCCACCGACCCGCACCUCCCCGCCUUACCCAAGGUGCCCCCCGAGCUGGUCGAGUACGUCGAGAACGGCCGCAACCCCGACAUCUACACCCGCGAGUUCGUCGAGGCCGUGCGCCGCGGCAACCAGCUCAUGCGCGGCAAGCAGGCCGCCUUCGCCUCUUUCCGCAACGUGCUGGCCGCCGAGAUGGAGCGCGCUAUGCCGGAGUUGAGAGACGAUGUGGCGAGGGUGUUGGUGAAUACUGCGAGGAGGUGA